AUGUCACGGUCCUGCGCCGAUUUCGUGCGUACAGCGAGCUCGUGGAAAGAUCGAAUACAAAACCGGAACCUUAUCUGGAAAUUCUUCACCGGCCAAGAUCCAUCAAUUUUUUCCCUUGGGCGUCGCCGUUUUGGAGUAUCUCCCUCCUUCUGCUAUGCUCCUUGCGCUGCUGUGAGCUUCACGGAAGCCGACACCAGUCAUCCUCCACCUACUUUUACAAGUGCCAACUGUUUGUUGGAAUUUGUCCGUGUCUGCUUGACCAGAAUGUCGAAUGGUAUGGCAACGGCGACUGCCCUCGGCUUUGGCGGUCGGGCGCCCGCCCUGGUGCUUGACUUGCUAUCAAGGGCCGUCCAUGAGGAAGGGAUCGUGACGGUAUCGCCAAGGCGCUCGCAAGCUUUACCGCUGGCCUUGAUGGAAGCGCCGUUUCGGACGUUUCUCAGCAACGACAAUAACAACAACAAGACGGAGAGUGGAGGCGGAAAAUCACCUCUUGACUUGCUCGUGUACUGUCUACCAACGAGUGUGACGGAAUAUCUCAACGCUGCUCAAGAAGCCACUCUCGUCCGUUCCAAGCUCCUGUAUGGCAGUUCCGAUCGCCAGAUCGUGGUGGUCAUAUACGAUGUCCACAAGAAUGCUUUUGUAGGCGGUGAGACUGCGCAAAUCCUCGACGCGGUUGGUGGCAACAAUUCGUAUCGACAAAAACUCGCCAUGGCGAGUUUGGCGUCGCUUGCCGAACUCGAUCAAAAGGCGGCCGCUCAGCUCGGCCCCGAUCGUCAACAAGAUUCCGUGAUUGUCGUAGGUGCCGGAGGCCGCGAGCAUGCGCUCGCUGUGGCUUUGGCGCAAUCGCCCCUUGUCGGAAGAGUCCUGUGUUGCCCUGGUAACGGGGGUACCGCCGUCGAAGGUGGGAAAAUCGCUAACGUUCCCAACGGUCAACAAGACAACGAAAGUGUCGUAGCAUUGGUCAAGGAAACUAACGCUGCAAUGGUGGUGGUGGGUCCGGAAGCUCCUUUAGUUGACGGUCUGGUGGAUGCCUUGGCGAAGGAAUGUCCGGGUACCAUGGCGUUUGGUCCGACACAAGCGGCGGCAGAACUGGAAGCUUCCAAAGCGUUUUCCAAAGACUUUCUGCAGGAGCACGGUAUUCCCACCGCAAAGUAUCGCAACUUUACGGACGUAUCUGAAGCAAUCGCCUACGUGGAAAGUUUGGAUGAGUCAGAUCGACAGGUCGUGAAGGCGUCGGGUCUCGCAGCCGGAAAAGGGGUCUUACUGCCAACGAACAAAGCCGACACCAUUGCGGCUGUCAAGGAAAUAAUGUCCGACAAGGCUUUCGGCAAUGCCGGUGAUAUCUGUGUCAUUGAAUCCUUCCUGGUAGGACCCGAAGCUUCCUGCUUGGCAUUUUGCGACGGAAAAACUGCUCGUCUCAUGCCAGCGGCUCAGGACCACAAACGAGCCCUCGACGACGAUCAAGGUUUGAACACCGGAGGGAUGGGAGCCUACGCACCAGCACCGUGCGUCACUCCCGUAUUACAGCGUACCAUUGAGGAAAUGUGUAUCAAGACGGUCCAGAAAAUGGCAGAGCGUGGUACACCGUACGUUGGAGUGUUGUACGCGGGUAUGAUGCUGACGCCGAAUGGCCCGUACGUUCUUGAAUUUAACUGCCGGUUUGGGGACCCCGAGACUCAGGUUGUCUUACCGUUACUCGAAACGGAUCUGUACGAGAUCCUGACGGCGUGCUGUUCGGGAAACCUGGAUGCGAUAGAUGUACGUUUCAAGGAAGGUCAAUCGGCGGCAACAGUUGUUUGUGCUGCCUUGGGAUACCCUGAGGUAUAUCCAAAGGGUAUGGAAAUAACCGGUUUGGAUGCCGCAAAUUCUUCAAAUGGGGUCAAAGUUUAUCACGCGGGCACGGAUGUAGACAACGCCGGCGUCACGCGUUGUUCGGGUGGUCGUGUCUUGGCCAUAACGGGUACCGGUAGCAGUCUUAAGAAUGCACUUCAGUCAGCUUAUAACGGUGUCAAAAGUAUUCAGUUCAUCGAUGUACAUGGCAAACAUCAGUUGCACCGACGAACAGAUAUUGGCAAGAAGGCAACGCAAAAGAACCUCCGAAUUGGGGUGCUGGGUUCAACUCGCGGAACAGCUCUGAUUCCCGUCGUUGAAGCGUGCCGGAGUGGAGAGCUCGACGCCGAAAUUGUGGCAUUGAUCAGUAACAAGUCCUCAGCCCCUAUUCUUGAAAAAGGGAGAGCUCUUGGCGUAACAGUUCUGUCAAAAUUCAUUUCUGCGAAGGACUUGAGCCGCGAGCAGUACGAUUCUGAGUGCACCGCUGCUUUGGUGGCCGCUGGUGUGGACUUUGUUUUGCUUGUAGGAUACAUGCGAAUUUUGUCCAAGUCGUUCACAGACUUUUGGAAAAACCGAUGCAUCAACGUGCACCCGUCUCUUCUCCCUAAACACGCCGGCGGUAUGGACCUUGCAGUGCAUCAAGCCGUCAUUAACGCAAAAGAAACAGAAAGUGGUUGUACGAUUCAUCAGGUAACGGAAGCCGUUGAUGGCGGCCCUAUUGUCAUACAGAAGAGAGUAUUGGUAGAUAGUGGAGACACUGCAGAAUCGUUAAAAGUCAAAGUGCAAUUGCAAGAGGGACCAGCGUUUGUUGAGGCAAUCAAGCAGUUCUCCCAAGGUGCUACUAUAAGUUAUGCCGAUGCGGGAGUUAGCAUUGACGCCGGCAAUAAGUUUGUGGACUUGAUAAAACCACUUUGUAAGGCCACUCGUCGUGCAGGAUGUGACGCUGAUCUCGGCGGCUUUGGCGGACUGUUUGAUCUAGCAGCGGCUGGCUAUGAUUCGGCCAAUACAGUCAUUAUCGGUGCCACAGAUGGUGUCGGUACGAAACUGCGCAUUGCACAAGCAACCGGGAAACACGAGACAAUUGGCGUUGAUCUCGUUGCGAUGUGCGUCAACGAUUUGAUUGUAGCCGGUGGCGAGCCAUUGUUCUUUCUAGACUACUUUGCCACUGGGCAUCUAGACGUCCACGAGGCAGCUGCGGUUGUAAAAGGGAUUGCCGAAGGCUGCCAACAAGCUCAAUGUGGACUCAUAGGCGGAGAAACUGCAGAGAUGCCAUCCAUGUACGCCCCUGGUGACUACGAUGUUGCAGGCUUUGCCGUUGGCGCUGUUCCUCGUGAUAAAAUUCUUCCCUGUAGUAUUUCCUCCGGAGAUGUGUUGUUGGGCCUUGCAAGCAGUGGCAUUCACAGCAAUGGCUUCAGCUUGGUACGGAAGCUCAUCGAAAAAGAGGGGCUAAACUAUUCAAGUCUAUGCCCUUGGGAAGAAUCUGGUGUUACGAUUGGAGAUUCGCUCUUGACGCCCACUAAAAUUUACGUUAGGUCAUGCCUUCCCAUGAUCAAAAACGGACUGCUGAAAGGCCUGGCUCAUAUCACGGGAGGCGGUCUUUUGGAGAACCUUCCUCGAAGCCUUCCGUCUGGUGUUUCCGCCGAAAUUACUGCGCAUCCAAAACUACCUCCUGUGUUCAAAUGGAUGAAAAAAGCUAGUGGUUUGUCGGAUACGGAGAUGCUCCGUACCUUUAAUUGCGGAAUUGGAAUGGUUCUCAUCCUUUCUCAGGAGAAUGUUGGCGAGGCAAGAGAUCUGCUUACCGCAAGCGGAGAAACAGAUUUUUUCGAGUUGGGUGUUUUGGUGGAAGGAGUGGGAGAAGUCGUUAUGAAAACUACUCUUACUUAG